AUGAAUAUCGAGGGCGCGGGCUCCGAUCCCGGCUCAUUCUUGGCGUCGAUGUUUUUGCAAAAGCCGGACUCGAAUAUUAACGGAUCCCAAGUGUUCAACCUACCGAACCUGACGACUUAUCCUACGACCACCUCAAUGAGCUUCAUCCAGCCGCAGAGCAUGAAUGGGUCCCUCUACAGCAACCAACUGACUCAGCCCCAUCAACAGCAACAACAGCACAGCACGCAGCUGGUUGCUCAGCAGCUCCAGCAGCACUCGGCUCAAACAUUGCACAGCGUGCUGAACCAGCAACAACAUCAUCCGCCGCAGCAGACCCAGCAGUCUUCCCAGGCCCAAAACUCCCAGCAAGUCACGCGGCAAGCUGUCGCUGAUGACAAAGUAUACGUCAAGAGACCCCAAAACCCGUUCAUCUUGUGGGCUACCGCCAAGCGAGCGGAUGUCUUGAAGCAGUUCCCGAAAAUUAGCAUGCGGGAUGCGAAUGCGAUGCUUGGAAGCAUGUGGAAGCAGUUGUCUGAUGAGGAGAGAAGACCCUACUUCGACCAAGCCAAGCAGAGCCGUGCUGAACACAAAAUGCUGCUCAGCCAAAACCCGCAUCUGAUGGUAAAGCCGAUCAAGGUCCAUCGCACAAGCUCUGGGGUGGAUACCGGUGCCAGAGCCCGGGAGCUAAUGCAACACUUCCCUCAGGUCUACAACAAAAACCCCGCCCAAAAUCUGCCGCCGAUGACGCUCCCGAACGGGAUGUCGACGGCGCAGUUCCCACCCAACAUGACCGUCGGACAGGUGCUCAACGCACCGCACUUCAGCAACCAGUACGACAAGGCCGAUACCGGACGCCAAUUCGUCAAGCGCCCCCCGAAUCCGUACAUGUGCUUCGUGCUGGAGAAGCGAGGAGAAAUCGUCAAGGAGAAUCCAAAAAUGAGAAUGUGUGACAUCAACUGCAUAUUGGGCGAAAUGUGGAAAAUGCUCUCGGAGGAGGGUAAGCGUCCGUAUUUCGAGCAGUCGCAGAGGAGUAAGGAAGCCCACAAGCAGCUGCUCGCCGACAACCCGAACCUGACGGUGCGCCCGGUGAAGGUGAAGAAGAACACAAAGCUGCUGGAAAUGGCACGCGAAGUAAUCAGCCAACACGGAGAUGUUUAUCAUGUUCAGCAGACACCACAGCAGCAGCAGCAAACGGCGCAUCAGAGACACGUGCAGCAACUGCAACAGCAACUCCAGCAGCAACAAGUCCAGGUGCAACAGCAGGUUCAGCUCCAGCAGCUGCCUCAAGUCUCCAAUGACUUCAAACUGCUCCAGCAACAAGUUAUCCUACAGCAACCCCAAAAGUUUGAGCAGCAACAACUC